AUGUGGAACGCAUCUGAGCUCUCUUUGCAGCUCCCCACCCGCCGGUCCUCUGACCUGCUCCUGCAGCCCUUCUGGGAUUACCUGGUCUUCCAGCACUACCCCCUGGUCUCCUCGCCCUUCUUCCCCGUCGUGCUCUCCUUCGCCAGCUACUUCCUCUUCAGCCUCCCCUUUGCAGUCAUUGACCUCCUGGGAGAGAAUCUGCCCGCUUUCCACCACUACAAGAUCCAGGGCAACAGGCGCCCCACCGUCCACAUGAUGAUGCGGAGCCUGGGCAUGGCCGUGUACAACCACCUGGUCUUCGUGCUGCCCACCGUCAUCAUCAACAACGUCUUCAUGCCUCCGGCCCCUCUGCCCCCCAUGGCACCCACCCUCUGGGAGCUCUUCAGCGGAGGACUUGGCACCCUCCUCAUCUUUGACACCCAGUACUUCAUCUGGCACAUGGCGCACCACAAGAACCCCCACCUCUACAAGUGGGUGCACGCCAUCCACCACGAGUACUACUCUCCCUUCUCCUGGUCCACCCAGCAUCUCAGCGCCAUGGAGCUGAUGGCCGUGGGCUUCUGGAGCAACCUGGACCCCCUCAUGCUGACCAUCCACCCUCUCACCACCUGGGUGCUUAUCGUAUUCAGCAUCUGGCUGUCCGUGGAGGACCACAUUGGCUACGACCUGCCCUUCUCCCUCCAUCACCUGGUGCCUUUCGGUCUGUUUGGCGGUGCCCCGGCUCACGACAUGCACCACCAGAAGCCCGCCACCAACUUUGCACCUUUCUUCAGCCACUGGGACAGGCUGUGUGGCACUGAGAGCCACCUGGAGAAAAAGACUGACAAACUAGGAGAGAGUGAAAAGAAUACUAAGGACAAGCUGCACGCCAUGUAAAUACUUUACAUUUUGUAAUAUAUGUCUAUAUUUUUACUCUGCAAGUGCAAUGGCAUGAAUGACAUGUAUAUUUAACAAGCUAUUUUUGUAUGAACAGACUAUUUUGCCCUUUUGUAUCCUUUGUAUAUCCCUUUUGCUGUAUAUCCUUUUGUAUAUGCAACUGAUGUUUAUAUUUGAAGAUUUAUAUGUGAACAACCAUCUCCCAAACUACAAUAAAAUGUCUUUUAAUAAAAUACAUCCAGUUUUAUACUUCA